AAAGCAUUCAUGCAAAGCAGAUCAGUUUCAUUAGUGGAUAUGUACAUUGACAAUGCAGAACCUAGUGAAAACGUUGGACAAAUUCACUUCAGCUUAGAAUAUGAUUAUCAAAACACUACUUUGGUUUUACGGAUUAUACAGGGUAAAGAUCUUCCUGCCAAAGAUUUAUCUGGUACAUCCGAUCCCUACGUUAAAGUAACUUUACUACCUGACAAAAAACACAGACUUGAAACUAAGAUCAAGCGAAGAACUUUGAAUCCUCGAUGGAAUGAAACUCUAUAUUUUGAAGGUACGCAAAAAACGAAUAACAUUAUGCAAUUUAGUUCCGUAAAGUGA